AUGUCUUUUAACAUUCAGUCGCUAAAAAGGGAUAUCAAUGGGAAUUUCAAAAAUGUGCGAAAUUUUGGAAAUUCUGGGGAAGACUCUCAAACGUAUACUUGUAGCAAAUGUUCUGAUACGUUCGAUAAAGAUCACUAUCAGGAAUUUCUAGACCACUGUUUGAAUCAUCCGAAAUCAAAUGAGCGAACUAGAAAAAAACCUACACAUAAUUCGCCAGUUAAAUCCAAAAGAAACGAAUCUAAAACCGAGCAAAAUGCAGAUAGUCAAAAAAGAAUCAAGAUUGUUCAUGAAAGCCCAAACAGUAAUCGCGGUUUGUUCGAAAAUGUAAAAAGUUUCUCAUGUACAUUGUGUUCCAAAAGAGUUUCUAACAUCGAUGCUUUGAUAAAACAUCUUGAAAUUCACAGAAGAGACGAUGAACUGACAACCACCAAUAACCUCUCGAAUGGAAAUGAAAUAAGACCAGCUGUAAUAAGGCAAAAAGAGAUCCAGUCUUCUCCGAGGCAAACGAUAGCGGCUCGCAAUGAUCUAGAAAGUCAGUCCUCUUCGAGGCAAAUGAUAGUGGAUCGCAAUAAUCUAGAAAGUCAGUCUUUUCCGAGACAAAUGAUAAUAGAUUGCAACGAUCAAAAUAUUCAGAAUCAUGGUUUGCAUGAAAUGAAAGAUGAGAUCAAGUUGUCGACAGUUGAAAGGACAAAAAGAACAGUUGCCCAAGAAAACAUCAUAACGCAAAGCAACAAUGAAAGGCAGAAUUUGCAAUUAAAUAUAGAUUGUAAUCCAAAGCUUCGAAAUCUUAAUUUACACAAAAGAGAUAAUGAGAUGACUCCAACUCAAAAUAAUAAUAAAAAAAAUAGCGCAUCUGACGAAGUUAAAGAACAAAGAAUCACAAAAGUUAGCAACGGAGUACAAACUUCUGAAUAUUUAAAUACGAAAAUGUUUCCCAUGAUGUCACUUCUAAGGGCAUAUAUUUGUGAUAUAUGUUACGAAGCUUUCUUUAGUUGUGAAAUAUUUGUCAGACAUUACAAUUUACACCAAGCAACAAAUGCGGAAACAAGAGCAUCUGAAAUACAACAAAGGAAUGAUAUGCCAGUUGGAGACAAUAUGAAACAAAUUGAUUUUAUUAUGGGAAUGUUCCAGAAUUUCUUUGAAUAUAUGAGUAAGAAUUGCAACUCUGAGAUUCCACGUAGGCACCUUCAACCUGUUUCUAAUAGUGAAUUUUGUGAAAGAGAGAUUGCUGUGAACACAAAUCUUGUGGAAGCUUCGCAAUUACGUGAAGAAAGAAAUGAAAAUAUUGAAACAAUAACUGGGCGGGAGUUUGCUGAUGUAUCAGAUGAAUCCAAAAGAGUGGUAGAUGACACUGAACAAAUUCAGAUGUCACAUAACAAAAAUCAAAAUUUGCCAAAACAGCUGGAUGUAUACAAUUGUUGUAAAGCAUCCGAACUAUGCACUUGCAACACUUCCCUUGGAAAAGAAAACGAAACUUAUCGUCCGAUUCAAGACUACGGAGAUAUUACGCCAAUGCAUGAAUACAAUCGAAAAGAAAAUAAAAUCGAACAAAAUGGAAAUGCAGUUCAGAACUCUUUUAAGCGUUCGAACCUGGAAAUUUUAGCAGAAGCCUCCCGAAUGCUGCCAGCUAUUGAUGAUGUAAACAAAGAAUUAGCUGCGGGAUCGAAUUCUCGUUCAGAUAGUGCACAUGAAUGCGAUGUGAAUGAUGAAUCCAAUAAUACGGAAGAAAUACAAAUUGUAUACGAGAGACGUCUAAUACAGCGUAGGUAUUAUCAAGUGAGAGAGAAAAAUUUGAUGGGAGGAUACGACCAAUAUGUGGUAACAGAAAGAUAUUUACCAUCACCUAAUCGCAUAAUAGAUUCAAAUAGACGCAGACUCUCCGAAAGGCCCAUGCAGCGGAUGUCAAAUCACAAAGUGGACAACUUUCAACAUUCAAAAAAUGCUCUUUCAGCUAAAGAUCGCACCUAUUCAAAGCGAGCAAUUCGCGAAUUAGAUAUCCCUUCUACAUCAAGGAACACAGAUAGUGAUGAUUAUGGAAAUGCUAUUUUUAAUUCACGAUGUGCUGAUUCAGGCGGUAUUGUUAGGCGUGCUCCUGUUCAAAAUAACAAAUCAGAUUACAAUGUAAAUGAAAUAAAUUUUACUCAGGGUAGGAUUAACGGAAUGAACCCUAGCUUUUCGAAAGAAAAUGGUGCAUUUUUAAAUGAUUCCCUUCCAACUUUCACAUCACAUAGAAUUUCAGACAAUUUAAAAACUGGUAAUUCUUUCGAAACCGAAAUGGGACUUUCUUCAACAAAUCAACCACUCAAAACUUACGCAAAUUUCCAGAGAUUUAGAAUACAUCAGAAUAGUAGAAAUAAUACAGGAUUUGAACAACAAAGUCAACCUAACCUCUCAAAUUGUGCAUGUAAUACAACUGCAAACUCAAAAUUUGUGUCUAAAAACCAGGAGCAAUUUAUUUUAAAUCGCAUAAAUCGAAGAGAUAUAAAUCCCAAACAAAUUUCUCAGUUAAACCCUGUGUUUACCAUGAGUAAUGUUUCACACCAGUCCACAAAUAGUGCAUCAUUUCGAAAUUUCUCGGAAAAUUCCGUUCAAAAUGCUGCAUCUUUUCGGCAUACUUUCAGAAAUUACGCUGACAAUGAUUCGAGAAACAUAUCUUUAUUUAAUAAAUCUAACUAUGAGCAUGAGUCUGAAAUAAGUUCUUUAAAUACGUCGCUUCCAUUUGAUAAAAAAAUUGGUCGCGAUUCAUAUGAUAAUACUGGAAGUGACAAAAAUUAUCAAAUUAUUUCUGAUAAAGCUAACAAUGUAUCUGAUGAUCCAGACACUUAUGAUGACAUUAAAAAAAGAAGUGAUGAUGACUGCGAUAUUGAAAAGGAUACUAGUACUCAGUCUGCGGUCAGUUCACGCAACUUUUUUCGGGAAAAAUAUUCAAAUCAUGCUAGAAUGCCCGAAUCACGAACUAAGGUAAUAAGUAAUAGAAGAAAUAAAACUUAUCCCGCCACAGAGAAAAAUAACGCAAUUUCGUGCGAAAAAUGUGACCUAAUAUUCGAAGAUCACGCCGAGUACGUAGAUCAUUUUUUAGAACAUAAGAAUGAAAAAGAAAGCCCAAAUAAUCCAUCAGAGACUAAAAUGUGUCAUUCGACUGAGAAAAAAUACAAAUACAAAUGUAGCGCAUGUGGUAAAAAGUACAGGUAUAAAACAAGCUUGAAUGACCAUAUCAAAUCUCACCAAUCUAACUAUCGCAAAUGCAAAAUGUGUAGGAAAGGUUUCCUUUCGGAAUCUUCUGUUGAUGAUACAAUCAAAGGAUUUUGCAAAGAUUGUGAAACAGUUGUGCGUUUUUAUGCUGAUAAACUCAAUAAUCCAUCUAUAACAACCAAUAAAGAGAAAUGCAGUGAAAAAGAUAAAGAGGAAUUAAUUCAUAACAGCAAACAUAAUAAUCAGUCCCAAAGCAAUAAAGAAUGCAGUAAGGUUAACAGAGUAACCAUGGAAUGUGAAGUAAAUAAACGCAAGGAAUGUUUAAGUACCGAAAACCAAAACACUGAAUGUUUCAGAGAAGAAAACCAGAACAACGAAGAUUGUGGAAGUAGUGAAACUGAACGCAUUAAAGAAAACGGUAAUAACUCGAUAAGCCGCAAAGGGAAGCGUGAAACUCUGGAUUGCAGAAGAGUAGGAACUGAAACUGUCGAUGAAAAUAAUGGCGGGAACAUGGUUGCUGACGACAGCGAAUGUUUUCAAGUGAAUUUAGAUGAAAUGAGAAAAGAACCCAUCUCGUACGCAAAUUAUAUAAAAAACAGAGUUUCUAGUGAAAAGGUGAAAAACCAUAAGCAAAGGGAAAAUAAAAAUAUCAAUGAAGCAUGCGACAGAAAUGAAUUAGUCAGAAACAAUGAAAACUUGACAGAUACUGACGCUAUUCAUAAGGAAAGAGAUGCGCCUUGCGAAGCUGAUGAUGAAAUGGAGAGUCAAAAUAUUGAUAUGACCGGAGAAGAAGCCGAAGUCAACAACAGCACUUGCGAACCUGAACAAGAGAAAAGUCCUAAGUCUGGAUCGAAUAGCGAAGACUUUUCUAAGAAAUGUGAGAAAUCCAAAAAAAUCGUUAUGCAACUACUCCGCUGUGAUAAUAAUGAAUAUCGUCUGAAAAAUUCUUCUGUUUCGCCGUGUACAUUGAUAUGUAAAUACUGUACGGCUGUGUUCCGUGAAAGAUGGGCAUUUAUUAAACACACCCGCGAGCACACUGGAUCUGAGCAUUUCCUUUGUAACAUCUGUGAUCGUCGUAUAAAAUCAAGACCAAGUCUCACAAAACACUUUAGAAGCGAACACCCUAAGGUAAAAAUUUAA